AUGGUGGUGGCGAUGACGACUACGAUGGCGACGACCGCUUCUUCGGCGAUGGUGGGCGUGUUCUUUACGACGAAGAUGGAGCCGACGAAGUCUCCGCUAUGGCUGCGGACACGCAGGAUGAAGGAUCCGAGCGCAACGCAGCUCCUGUCCGGGCUGUGA